AUGAAAUCCUCGAAAGCCAGCUUCAAAGUAACUCUCACACAUACGAAACAUAAACUACAAAAGUCUCCCAAAAAAUUCAGAAGACAUUUACAGACUAAAGAAAACACAUGUGCAUCAACCGGGGUCAAUUUAUACAUGACUUACGCCAAACCUAAACUGAUACCCAAGCCUCCUCAGAUAAUACUAAAUUUAAUCGAAGUGACGAAAACCUCACUAAAGGGAUUGGAACCUACAGAAGAUGAUCAAGGUAUUAGAAAAGUGACAACUAAUGAAGGAUGUACUGGCGUAACCUCGAAGAGUUUAAGAGAAAGGGGUAAGAAAAAGAAGCUUAACCCUUUCAUUGGCUUCAGAAGUUAUUACGCAAACUGUGUCAAAGGAAAAAUAAAGCAGCAAGAUUUAUCUAUACUCCUCUCGAGCUAUUGGUCAACUAACAAUGAUGUGCACAAGACCUGGGAGUUUUUCACCCAACAUUAUAACAAGCACGACACUGGCAUGUGUUUCACGGAAUGGCUAGAAAAAAAUUACAAGUGCGAACAUCAAUCACCAGCAGAGAGCAAUAGUACCAAUAUCACAAGAGAGCCUUUUAUCGAGGAUAUCUUUUCUCAACCUGAUGAUUUCUUAAAAAGAUUCACGUCAAGGGAACUAUUAGAUAUGACAAACCUACAUUUUGAAUAUCAAGAUUUGCUCAAUAUUACUUUCGAGGAGCACUUUCAAAGUAGCAGCACAAAUGCUUUAAUUGGUAGUUAUAUGCAAAGUGAUGACCCAGUAUACUUUUAA